AUACGCUGUUAAGGAUACAGUCUCUCAGCGUGACAUGGUCCUUGAAGAUGGUGUACCAUUUUUUCAAGACAAUUUUGUCCCAUCGCGUUCCCGUCUGCGCGGCUAUGAGUUUCUUCAGAUCGCCAAUAGUGUCGUCGUCGUUGCACUUUACCCGGACCUUUUUCCCCAGUCGGUCGUUGCACGUAAUUUCAAUCAUUAUGACUGAUCUAGCCCAACAAACCUCAAUUCGUAAGCCUGCUAAGCUGCAACUUAGAAAUAUUUCGGCUUCGACACGAAACUUGUAUAUUCUUAGCAGUACAGUGUACUAGCAAUAGAGUUUGUUAUGCACA